AUGGAAUAUGCGGCAAAUAAUGAAUAUACUGAAUAUGCAACAAAUAAUGAUGAUGAAAUUUCUAAUGAUUUAGUUAGCGAAACCGCAUCAUCUAUACAAACUAAAUCAUCAAAUAAUAGUGGACGGCCCCCUGCAGAUGUAUGGAAAGAGUUUAAUACUAUAAAUAAUGAAGCAGGAAAACAUAAAGGAGCGAGUUGUAGAUAUUGUAAACAGAAGUGGUCUCGAGGAAGAGCUCAUGAAAUGAAAACUCAUUUUGUGAUAAAAUCUAUUGAUAAAGCUAAAGAAAAAAGAGCUAACCAAUCACUGAUUAAAUGGAUUGUAUCUUCUGGUAUUUCAUUUUCAGCCUUCGACAAUCCUUACUUUGAAGACUAUACCAAAGCAUUAAAUCCUGGCUAUGAUCCACCCAAGCGUUCUGCCUUAGCAACAUCAAUUUUAGAUACAGAGGCAGCAAUCGAGAAUGCUAAAUCAGAACUUAGUUAUGUGAAACAAAAUCUUCAUCAAGAAGACCUAUUGUCUAUUUUCAAUAAAAUUGCAAAUUCUAUAGAAAAUAGGUCUGAUCUAUUUAGUGAAGAAGAAUCAUUUGCUUUUUUGGAAGAGUUUGCUGAGGAAAAUACAGAAGAAACGGAGGAAGAACUAAAAGACUUAGCUAACGAAAAUUCAACGAAUUUAGAAGUUAGAAACUUUAUAUCCUUGUCUUCCAACUUAGAGCCCAAUGAAACUUCAAGUUUAAGUAAAGAGGUUAUACAUAGAAAUAAGGAUUUUGAUAUAGAUGAUCUGAUUAGUGAUUUAGAUUAA